AUGACAGACAAAGGCGUCAAUCUCGACAUGUCUUUAUUCUUCGGCACCCCUGAAGAGAAGACGUACUUUUGCACGGAGCUACUUCGUCUACUGAAGUUGCGGGGAGGCGUCAAGAUCCAAAAUCACAGUAUUCCGGACGAGGAUAUACAUAAGCUCUUCGAAAUGAGCCGCAAAUUUUUUUCUCUGCCGCUUGAGACCAAGAUGGAAGCUAAACGCCCUCUCCAAGCCAAUCCCAAUCGUGGUUACGCCUUCGUGGGGCAAGAAAAUGUCGCCAAAAUCAGUGGAUAUGAGAAGGGUGCUGGUCCUGGAACUGCCCGUGACAUCAAGGAAACACUGGAUCUCGGCAGUGCUCAAGACGACCUAGCCGAAAAUCGUUGGGUUCCUGAAGAUAGCCUCCCAGGCUUCCGAGGUUUUAUGGAAUAUUUCUACGAGAAGGCCUUCAAAACAGAGAUGCAGCUGCUCUCUGCACUCGCCAUCGCGCUCAACGUUUCUGAGGACCACCUGAAGGCACUCCAUAACCGCGCCGAAAACGAAUUCCGCCUACUGCACUACCCAGCCAUCCCUGCUUCGGAACUUGCGGAUGGUAGCGCCACCCGCAUCGCUGAACACACCGAUUUUGGAACCAUCACAAUGCUCUUCCAAGAUUCCGUGGGUGGACUCCAGGUGGAAGACCAGACGCAGCCCGGUGUCUUCCGUAGUGUCGAGUCGGCCAAGUCCACAGACAUCAUCCUCAAUAUUGGUGACUCUCUUCAACGCCUUACCAACGAUACUUUCCGGGCAGCGUGCCACAGAGUGACUUAUCCACCUGCCAUCAAGGCUGGUGACAACACAGAGAUCCCCGAGCGCUACUCAAUUGCCUAUUUCGUCAAACCUAACCGUCAAGCUUCUCUUUUUCCUUUGAAGGAGUUCAUCACCGAUGCGACGCCUUGCCGAUAUGACGAUGUCACAGCUUGGGAGUGGAACAACCGCAGAAUUGGGCAGCUGUUUGGCUGA